UUAAACAAGAGUAAGGAUUAAGAAAGGAUAGUAAUAAUAAGUAACGCUGUAAAAGUGGGAGAAUGGAGUUUCAAAAACAUGACGAGCUCGAGCUAGAAAGAAAAUCAACAUGGUUGGAGUUGAAGAUGGAACUUCCACUGGGAAUCCCAACACAACAAUUUCUAUUGGAGAAAGCAGUUUGCAGCCAUGGCCUCUUCAUGAUGGCACCCAAUCACUGGGACCCACUCUCCAACACCCUCACGCGCCCUCUGCGCCUCCAUCAUCAUCAUCAUGAUCACCCUUCUUCCUCUCUUAUCGUUUCUAUUUCUCAGCACCACGCCGCCUCUCUCGCCGUUAGGGUUCACGGGACCCACUCACUCUCUCCUCAACAAGAAAGCGCCUUGCUGGCUCAGGUGUCGAGAAUGCUGCAUUUGUCUGAAGAGGAAGAGAAAACCGUUAGAGAGUUCAGAAGCAUGCCCCACCUCGAUCAUCAAAAUAGAAGUUUUACUGGAAGGGUAUUUAGGUCUUCCACAUUGUUUGAGGAUAUGGUGAAGUGCAUGCUCCUCUGUAACUGUCAGUGGUCAAGGACUUUGAGCAUGGCUCAGGCGCUUUGUGAGCUUCAGUUGGAACUGCAAAAUGAAUCACCCCGUGCAGUUUCAGUCUCAGGCAAUCCAAAAGUUGAGACUGAGGACUUCAUUCCCAAGACACCAGCUGCUAAAGUGACUGGGAGAAAGGGUAGAAAUUCUUCUGGUGUUUCAACAAAAGGCACAUUUUGUAAGAAGAAAUUAGAGUUGGAAGUUGCUGGAAAUGCAUCAAGUUCGAAUGUGACCUUGCUUCCAACAGAUGUAGAGGGCAAUGCAUGUCAUUGUGGCAAAUCUUGUGUAGCCACUGAAGAGCCAAGUUCAGAUGAUUCAUUUCUUCAGUUGCCUAAUGGAAGAGAGUAUUUUAACCAUACUGGAAAUUUUCCAUCCCCAAGUGAGCUAGCAAACCUCGAUGAGAGUUUUCUGGCAAAGCGAUGUAACCUUGGGUAUAGAGCAAGUCGUAUAAUAAAACUUGCUCAAGCCAUUGUUGAAGGAAAAAUUCAAUUAAGACAACUUGAAGAACUCUCCAAAGAUGCAAGCUUGUCCAACUACAAGCUGCUUGAGGAUCAGUUGAAGCAAAUUACAGGAUUUGGCCCUUUUACUCGUGCCAAUGUACUUAUGUGCAUGGGAUAUUACCACGUCAUUCCAACUGAUUCUGAAACUAUUAGACAUUUAAAACAGGUUCAUUCAAGAAAUUCGAGCUCUAAAACAAUUGACAGAGAUGUUGAAGAAAUUUAUGGAAAGUAUGAGCCCUAUCAGUUCCUUGCAUACUGGUCUGAAAUGUUGGAGUUCUACGAAAGAAGGUUUGGCAAGAUGAAUGAAAUGCAUUCUUCUGACUAUAAACUUAUAACCGGUAGUAAUAUGAGAAGCGCUAGUAAAGGCACAAGUAAGAGGAAGAGACUAUCCUGAAAAUGCCAAUGCUAAAGUCUUACUCUCCAAAUACACACUUCAAUUUGUUCAGCUUAUAUAACUACUUGAACAAGGUGUUUGGCUUAUCAUGUAGAAGUAAUUUAAUGUUUCAUGUUUAAGUUCUUUUGUUAUAUUCUAUUAGCUCUUAAUAAUUUGUGCUUUGAGAUGGCACUGAAACUUUGCUAUCUCCAAAUACACACUUCAUUUUGUUCAGCUUAUAUAACUACUUGAACAAGGUGUUUG